AUGUGUUUGCGAGCAAUAUGUCAUUAUGAGUUUUGCAAUCAACAACCAUACUCUUACGUUGUAUACACCUGUGUAGAUGCCUACAAGGGAAAAUGCAAAAGCAUACAUUCAUCCACUUAUACCGUGCAGGAUUUCUGCCCCGAAUGCUACAUGCUGAAUGAUCCCAGGCUAAGCGAAGGAUGCAAUCCUGACUCCCUAAAAGGAUUUGAAGAGCGGUGGAAAUUCGAACUAGCCCACUUUGAAGAACUCAAUGCGCUGGAAGACAUUGAUGGUAUAUUUGCUCGAGCCGAAGCCUAUAAAAAAGAACGCGUUAAAGAGGAGGGAGAGAGAGAAAGUCUUUUUGUCUUUUGCUCAGAAAUUCUCAACCGUGAUGUUAUUCGACAUCUUGAGCGGCUGGUCAAUGAGCGGCUUCUAAUGUAUUUUUGGUCCAAUGUCCUUAAUGGUCGAGGAGACGACAUAUCCAGAGAGCGCAGGUUGACAAUUUUACAAUUACAUCAAGCCCUACAAUACGCUCGUUUAUUCACAAGUAUACAACGUAGAGCGAGGGCCAUGCAAGAGACGGGAAAGUUGAGAAAUUCAAUCAACGCGGGGGCACCAUGGAUUACGACGGUUGUUACAGACCCUGCACUUCUCCAGGAUGACUGUGGGAUCUGUAAGAUGGAGCCGCUCAGCAGUAUGAAAGUAGUAGAGCUUCCAUGCAACCAUACGUAUCACGAAGAGUGCCUCAAAAAAUGUGUCGAAAUACUUACUUGCCCCUACUGCCGGUCAAAGGAAGCUCGUGGUGAAGAGCCCAGAUUAGCGGUGCCAACAGCAGGCCCUAUCCCCGAUUGGCUUUUUGCGAUACAUCCUUUUCAACGCCGCGACCUCCCACGACCUUCUCUUACAUGGAAAGAAACGGAAGCAUUGACGGACAUUUACAAUGAUGCCCUCAACAAAGUCGCGAAGUCAUCUGAGCCUCUUCAUCUGCUAUAUCGGAUCAUAGCAGGCACCAGACAACGCAUAGACACGCUAGAGCGGAAGAUCGAGGGUAGCUUUUUCGACAAUAUUCGAAAGAACUCGCAUCAUUUGACAGAGUCCCAAAUAGGAAGAAUUCGUCAGGCUCAGGGACAUAAUGAGGAGAGGAGUGUAGAGGUUGACUACUAUGCCCGGAAACACUUCGAGGCUCUUGGAAAGACCAAUGAUUUCGACGACACGGAUUUUGUGCAUAGAAACAAUUUAUAUCAAGAAUGGAUUUAUGCGAAAUACCUUGAUUCAGAUGAAAAGAAAAAGCAGGCCUCAGGAAAGACAUUGGAUAGAUAUUACUCGACCCUCAAAUUCCUCUCCUCUGACGAUGUAAAGGAGCUUUCCUCUCUUAGAGUCGAUGAAGAAGAGGCAGCAAGAGCGUUCUAUGAGGCUGUAGAUCAGUGGAGGGUGGCUAUAUAUGCGAAGCAGACCGCAGAGGAGAACUGGACUAUAUUUUUCGGUGAAAAUGAGGAUGAAGGUUGA